UACGCACACAAAAGCACAUACGUCAAAUACACACGGACACACACACAUAUAUAUAUAGACACGGAUAUAGACACAGAAACAGACACAAACUCCAACAAACACACACAUAUAUAUAAAUACAUACACAAAGACAUACAUCAAGUACACAUACACAUACACACACACUGGGCUGGAGUGUGAGCAGUGACAAAUGUUUUUUUUUUUUCCUUUUUCAAAAACUUUCAUACUCUCUCCUUGACAAAAGCAUGGAGCUUGGGCCGUUUUGAAAACACUUUCCUCUAAACAGCUUUAAUAAUUUAAUACCAGCAUCAAGCCCCGGGGAGAAAAUAUACCAAAGAAAAACAAAUCAGAGCCCUAAAAAUUAUUCUUAUGAUUUUUCAGCAAUUUCAGAAACAAAAGAAAAAAAGGGAUGAAUACCGCGCAGUCUUAUUUCCCUCGACUUCAAAAUUGCGGCUUUGUGCCCUAAAUGAAAAAAAAAAAUAAUCAUACCCCUACACCCUAUCAGUAAUAAGGGCUUCUAACCCCCACAACACUUUUGUUUGUCUCCUUUAUUACUUCCCCCCCACCCUCGAACAAUUGAUCGAAAAAAGCUUCUAAACUCGCUGGAACGAAGUUUACGGCUCACCCCUUUUCGUAACAUCGUACCCCUCAUCGUCUUUCAAAAUUCAGUCCUUGCUCCCACUACCAGCAUCUUCUCAUUAUCCUACCCUCGUUUUAAGGAAUACAUUACUCGCUUGUAUAUAGCACCACCGCCGCGUAAAUUCACAAAAGUUUUCUACAAUUUUUCUGCAAUAAUAAUUAUUAUAUUGCUUAAUAUAACAUCUGAUUUGUUUUUACAAACCGCGGAAUAUCACAGUUCGGAUACCUAUACACACACGCGCACCACACACACACAUAUAUAUAUAUAUAUAUACAAAUACGCAGGGAAGAUUAUCUCUUUCUUUCUUUCUAUCACGAUCUCCUCAGUCUUAAAAAUAUCAUCUAUAUAAAUGUAUGUAUAGUUAUUUACAUGUAUAUCGCUAUACUCCUCUCUGCAUACUGCCAGGAAAGCUUUUUUUAAACCUUAUGUAGAUCCAAAAUAUAAUAUAUAUAUAUAUAAAUAUAUACACCCGCCAUACACUUUGGAGUAUUAUGCGUCUAAUUGGACGGAGCUGUGUACAUUUGGUGAUUUUAUGGACUUUUCUUUUGCUACAUAACCCUGUCCAAGCAUUUCCGUCAUGUGACCCAAACCCUUGCCAGAAUGGUGCGAAAUGUCACUCUCCGCACAACCAUAAUGGAGAGAGUUAUUGCCAGUGUAGCACAGACUACCGGGGUGAGUACUGUCAGCAUUUGAACCCAUGUCGGCCCAGUGCUGAGCAUUGUAUGAACAAUGGGACAUGCGAGAUAUUCCAGAAUGUACGUGAGGUGAAACCACGAUGUACCUGCCAACUCGGGUUCCAUGGCAGCAUGUGUGAGCAGCGAAAUAAAAGCAGUAUUUGUUACAACAACCCCUGCAGAAAUGGUGGAACUUGUAUCAAUGUCAACUCACUCAAAGAAUAUAAAUGUAUUUGCCGACCAAGAUUCUUAGGUAACGACUGUGAAUAUCAAGACUAUUGCUCUUCACAGCCCUGCCACAAUAAUGCCACUUGUGUAUCUAAGAAGAAUACAUUCCAAUGUUCUUGUGCUUCCGGUUAUAUCGGUACAACCUGCUCCGAAGACAUCAAUGAAUGCAAUUCAAGGUUAUGUUAUAAUGGUGGGACCUGCCACAACUCCCUCGGAAGCUACUUCUGUCAAUGUCCCCAAAAACACACAGGGAGACACUGUGAAACCAAGUAUAUUCCUUGUCAACCAAGUCCUUGUCUAAAUGGUGGUACUUGUAGCCGCACCAAUCAGUUCCAGUUCAUGUGUUUAUGUCCUAAAGGUUUCCGAGGCAGCAGAUGUGAAAUCAACAAUGAUGACUGUAAGAACAACAAGUGUGCCAAUGGCUCCACAUGUGUCGAUGGCACCAACAACUACACUUGCCACUGUCCACCAACAUUUAAAGGUAAAUACUGCAAAGACGACAUAGAUGAAUGUCUCACCCAACCAGGUCUUUGCAAGAAUGGUGCCACCUGCAACAACGAACACGGUGGGUUCUUGUGCAUUUGUGUCAACGGGUGGACUGGCAAUGAUUGCAGUGAAAACAUCGAUGACUGUGAGAGUCAACCGUGUUACAAUGGUGGAACCUGUCAUGAUCGAGUUGGCUACUAUCAUUGUGAAUGCCCCCCUUCUAAAACUGGUCUCCGCUGUCACCUUGAGGAUGCUUGUGCCAGCAGCCCUUGCCAUGCUGAUGCCCUCUGUUCAACAUCCCCCAUAGAUGGCAACCCUCUCUGUUCUUGUCCCAAAGGAUGGCAGGGGAAAGACUGUUCUGAAGAUAUUGAUGAAUGUGAAAAAAAUCAUGAUUCUCCAUGUGAACACGGCGGUACCUGUGUCAAUACACCUGGACGCUUCCGUUGCGACUGCAUGCCAGGUUUAACUGGGGACCGAUGUGAACAGGACGUCAAUGAAUGUGAAUCCUUUCCAUGUAAGAAUGACGGAACCUGUCUAGAUGAUCGGGGAGGAUUUCGGUGUGCUUGUAUGCCAGGGUUUGAUGGAGUCACAUGUGCAGAAGACAUCAAUGAAUGUGAAUCGAAUCCAUGCCAGAACGGUGCUCAUUGUGAAGAUGGAAAGAAUAACUUCCAAUGCCACUGUCUCCCUGGUUUCACUGGUAAGAGGUGUGAAGUGAAUAUUGAUGAAUGCAUCAGCAACCCUUGUACAAACGGCAGGUGUUAUGACGAAGCAAAUUCAUACAGGUGUGAAUGUAACAAAGGUUACACUGGUAUCAACUGUGAAAGGAAUGUCAAUGACUGCGAGGGUGUUGUCUGUGGGAACGGAACCUGCAAUGAUGAUAUUCAUAACUACACCUGUGUAUGCUAUGCUGGUUACACUGGCCGGCAUUGUGAAACAGAAAUCAAUGAAUGUGACAGUCAGCCUUGCAAACAUGGUGGAACGUGCCGCAAUGUUGGCAAUGGUUACGAGUGUCGCUGCCAGAGUGGUACUUCAGGCCGAUCCUGUGAGAAUAACUACAAUGACUGUGCCAGCAACCCAUGUCACAACAGAGCCACAUGUGUCGAUGGUGUCAACAAAUAUGAAUGCCGCUGUCUUGCUGGUUACACAGGAAAGGAAUGUGAGAGCGAUAUUAAUGAAUGUGCAUCAAAUCCUUGCUUGAAUGGAGGUGAAUGCAGCGACAUGGAAAAUGAAUACCGCUGCAUAUGUCCGCUGGGUUACUAUGGCCUCAGGUGCCAGUCUGACGUCAAUGAAUGUGCCAGCAACCCCUGUUCCAAUGGAGGGUCUUGUGUCAAUGGAGUGAGCAGAUACUAUUGUAAGUGUCGUCCUGGUUACACUGGCAAAAACUGUCAGUCCGAUCUCCAAGAGUGUGCAUCAAACCCUUGUCAGCAUGGUGGCACCUGUAAUGAUAGACGCAACUACUAUUACUGCACCUGUCUACCAGGUUAUACAGGCAACAAUUGUCAUCUGGAUAUAAACGAAUGUAGCAGUAAUCCAUGUGUCCAUGGGAAAUGUUCCAAUAAAAUGAAUCACUACAUUUGCUAUUGUGAUGAAUCGUACACUGGCAGAAACUGUGAGACCAAAAUGGAACCUUGCAAGUCAAACCCUUGUGUUCAUGGCAGUUGUGAAGCAACUAAUCGUUAUACAGACUAUCAAUGUCUGUGUCCACCUGGAUAUUAUGGUCGAAACUGUGAACAGGACCGAAAUGAAUGCACCUCCUCUCAACCCUGCAAAAACGGGGCAGUUUGCCAAAAUACUAAUGGUUCUUAUAUAUGUCAGUGCCGACCUGGUUAUAUUGGCAAGAACUGUGAAAUUAAUUACAAUGAGUGCUUCCUCAGCUCUUGUCUGAACGGUGGAACCUGCAUAGAUGGGGUCAACACAUAUAGAUGUAAGUGCCUUGCAAAUUACACAGGCUCCAACUGCCAAACACUGAUCAGAGCCUGUGACUCCAGCCCCUGUCAGAGUGGUGGAACCUGUCAGAAUCGAAACAACUCCUACAUAUGUAUAUGUCCAUAUGGCAUGAUGGGCCCACGUUGCUCCAAGGUUAUUGACUGGUGUAAGCGACAGUCAUGUCACAAUGGUGCCACAUGUAAACAAGAAGCUAAUGAAUUCAGGUGCGAAUGUCAGGAUGGCUGGACGGGUAAAACUUGUGAUGUCCCCCUCACAACAUGUGAAGUUGCUGCAAAAAGAAAAGGUGUUUCCACAGACAAGCUGUGUGCUAACAAAGGCCGCUGCAUCAACACAAACAAUGGUCACAUAUGCCAGUGCCCUGCAGGAUUUGAAGGAAGCUACUGUAUGACCGACAUCGAUGAAUGUGCCACUGCUCCCUGCCAGAAUGGUGGAUCAUGCAUCAACAUGGUAAACCAGUACAACUGCAACUGUGCUCGUGGAUUCCAAGGAAAAGACUGUGAGCUGAAUGUCAACGACUGUGCAAAGAACCCUUGCCUGAACGGUGGGACGUGUCAUGAUUUGGUUGACGAUUUUAUCUGUUCAUGCCCUCCAGGUACCAAUGGUCAACUCUGUGAAAUUGACCUGCCUGACUGCUAUGAGAAAGCAUGUCACAACGGUGGGACGUGCCAGGAAAAGGUCAAUGGAUUCUCCUGCAUUUGUCCACCGGGUUUCGUUGGAAAGUUAUGUGAGGGUGAUGUCAACGAAUGUCUUGACAGACCUUGCGAUCCAGUUGGCACAAAAGACUGCAUCCAGUUGGUCAAUGAUUUUCAAUGUAAAUGCAAGGAAGAUUUCACAGGCAAAACUUGUUCAACAAAUGUGCCUUGUAAGAACUGUGUUACCAAUCCCCAAUGUUACCCUAACCAGUGCCUAAAUGGGGGCAUAUGUAUUAAAGGGAUUUGCAACUGUGAACCGGGUUAUUCUGGAACAUUCUGUGAACACCCCAACUGUGACAAGAUGACCUGUCAAAAUGGAGGCACUUGCAUCCUGGACAGUCGUAAGUACUUGAAAUGCCUUUGUGUACCUGGUACUUCAGGCAAUUACUGCCAGUUCAACAACACCGGAAAGAGCUUCAAUGAUACCCUUGAUCAGCAGAAUAAACUGUGCAGAGACCGCAAGUGUGAGGAGAAGGCUAACAACAGGCGUUGUGAUGCUGAAUGCAAUUCCCAUGCUUGUAAGUAUGACAACAUGGAAUGUUCCAAAGGAAUCUUCCCAUUCAAGAACUGUAAGAAGCAGUCGAACGGCCGGUUCUGUUGGGACGUUUUCCAAGACAACAAAUGUGACUCUGAAUGUAACAAUGAAGAUUGUCUGUGGGAUGGAUUUGACUGCAAAGACAAACAAGCUGCUUGUAACCCUGUCUAUAAAGCAUACUGCUCGGAAAACUAUGGAAAUGGUAUGUGCGACAAAGGCUGUGAUAAUGAAGAAUGUCUUUGGGAUGGUCUAGACUGCGAUAAGAACAAAGAAAGUUUAGCUGUCGGAACACUGGUACUCAUCGUUCUUGUGCCUCCAGAGACAUUUCGGAAGAGUGCCACCCAAUUCAUUUGGCAACUUGGUGCACUCUUACAAACCGUGGUCCGACUCAAGCGUGGCGAGGAUGGGAAUUAUAUGAUUUAUCCAUGGUACCAAGAUGAGGAGGCAAAUAACAAGGUGAACUUAGUGAAACGGUACAUUACUCAACUGCUCCGUACAGACCAUCGACUUUCACGUAGAGCUGCAGUUGUUAGAGGGACAAAAGUGUUUGUUGAAAUUGACAAUCGGAAAUGUCAGGGCAGCACAUGCUUCCAUAACACAAGCAGGGCAGCUGAAUUCAUAGCAGAAAAAAUGCGGCAUGGUUGGAAGCCUGACUUUGAUAUCCACAAGAUUGACACUGAAGAAAGCACUCAAGAACCUAACACACCCUUCAAACUUGUCUACAUUGUGGUUUCUUGUGUCUGUGUGUUGGGCAUCAUCAUCCUGCUGGUGGUUGUCAUGUCUCGUAAGCGUACCCGAGGUGUCACCUGGUUCCCUGAAGGAUUCUUUGAAAGUAUACGAUCUGGCAAGGACACAUCGAAACACAUCCCACGCCGUAAGCCCGAUGGGGAAGAGAUGAAGAAUCUCCCAAGAGCUUGUAAUUACCCUCAGUUUGAUCCAUCUCUUCUGAAACUUGAUGCCAACGACAACAGAUCAACUCCACAAAGUACUGACCAGUGGGACAUAGAUGAUAAUGACCACCAUCAAUGUAAAAGAAUCAAGUUGGAUGAAAUUGGUGAAUCAAAUGAUGACAAUUUGGAAUUUGACCAGACAGACACACGGCAGUGGACUCAGCGACAUUUCGAUGCCGCUAACUUACCUAGUUCAAUUCUUGCCCUGACACCUCCACGGGGAGAUGAUCAGCAUGUCUCUAAUGAAGUUGAUGUCAGAGGACCCGAUGGCUUUACGCCACUCAUGUUGGCAUCGUUCCGAGGCCAAGGACUGGACACCGAUGGAGAUGAUGAAAUAUCUGGUGAAGGCGAGUCUGAAGAUAAAUCAGCUGGUAUCAUAACAAAUCUUCUCAUGCAAGGAGCUGCCAUUAAUGCCCGCACUGACCGUACAGGUGAAUCAUCUUUGCAUUUGGCUGCUCGUUAUGCCAGAGCUGAUGCAGCUAAAAUCUUGUUGGAAGCUGGAGCUGAUCCCAAUGCCCAAGAUUGUACAGGAAGGACUCCACUCCAUACUUCGGUAUCUGCUGACGCACAGGGUGUCUUCCAGAUUUUACUGAGAAACCGUUCUACAAAUUUGAAUGCCCGCAUGAACUGUGGUACAACCCCUAUGAUUCUGGCUACAAGACUGGCCAUCGAGAGAAUGGUGGAAGACCUCAUCAAUGCCGACGCUGAUAUAAAUGCUGCUGAUGAUUCAGGAAAAACUAGUCUCCAUUGGGCUGCUUCAGUAAACAACGUGGCUGCAGCAAAGGUUCUACUCCAUCAUGGCGCUAACAGAGAUGCACAGGAUAACAAGGAUGAAACUCCAUUGUUCCUCGCUGCCCGAGAAGGAGGCUAUGAAACUGCCAAAGUACUCUUGGAAUACCAUGCCAACCGAGAUAUUACAGAUCACAUGGAUAGACUACCAAAGGACAUGGCUGCUGAGAAGUUGCACCAUGACAUAGUUACUUUGCUCGAAGAGUACAUGUUGAAUACUUCGCCAACGAUGCAAGUAUCAAACAACAUUGCCCCUUCCCCACCAUCAAUGAACUUUGUGCAAUCAUCGAAACAGAAACAGCGUCCACGUAAAUCAACCAAGAACAAUCCUCAGUGCAAAGAUGUCCAGUCCACAAAGCCAAACAGUGUACCAGCACAAAAACCUCGCUCCCGCAAGAAGAAAACGCCUGAAGCAACAACCGUGAAUGGUGGCACAAAUGCUGAGAUGUUGGUUACGACUAAAUCACCACCGAAUAUGCACUCUUCCCCUGGUGGGCCUGUUGAUGUGAUGUCUCAGUUUGACCAGGGUGCUUGUCAAGGUCAAUUGGUGAUGACCUCCAAUAUGGACACAGAGCGGGACCCUGUUUAUCUAGAAAGAGCAGUUAUGCGUGCACAUUAUGCCAAACCUAACCACAGUUACGACAUGUCGCCCAACUGGUUCAAAUCUGCCCAGGUGACUAAGCAGGGACCACCACCAUUGCCGCCACCACAGCAGCAGCAGCAGCAGCAACAGCAGCAACAACCUCCACCACCACCACAGAAAGUGCCUCCACAACAAAUGCCCCCUCACCUGGUGCAGGUAGUCCCUCAGCAAACAGGUCCUGCACCAAUUCCAUGCAAUGUGCCAUCACCUGUAAAACCGAAAAGCCUGCCAACAUCACCAACACACCUGCAGGCGAUGCAGCAACAUGCACAAAUGAACAGGGCAGCACAGCACGAGAGUUGCACAUUUGGUGGCGGAGGGAAUGGUGGAGACAGCAUUGGUUUGCUCUAUCACUCGGAUACACCCCAUUGUCAAAAAGUGACCGCCCCACAUCCAAUCGCCCCUGAACAGUACCCCACCCCUCCUUCACAGCACAGUCACGUCAGCAUGGAAGCCCCCAUGCAGCACACACAGCCAGUCCCACCAGACCACUACCUAACGCCGUCGCCUGAAUCUCCUGGUCAGUGGUCAAGUUCAUCUCCUCACUCACCCCUAUCAUCUAACUCUGACUGGUCAGACGCCAGUCCAAUUCAGACCAUCAGUCAUCAUACACAUAACCGAAACACGAAACGCUUAACUGAUGCUAUUUACAUAUAAACAAUAUUAGUGGGGAGCAGUUGCUACAAUUUUAUUACUACUACUGCUAUUACUAUUACUUCUACUAUAACAGUGUGAGCAGGUGUAGUAAUAUACUAAACUGUUGUUGUUAUUACUACUACUACUACUACUAUGACAACAAAACUACUACUAAAACAGAUGUUGACUUCACGCCUUUAUGUAGAAGAAACAUUACCAUAACUGUAUGAUCAUCAUCAUCAGUAACAACAACAAAAAGAUACUUUAUUAUGAAAUCAUGUUUGUGUGGGGUGGGUUACCAGCUUCCUCUCCAUACUCGAAUAUACAUACAGCCUACCAUUCAUUUUCAUUGUUUUUUUAGAAAACAUUCACUCUUGGUGGAAACACUAAUUGUGUGUAUGUGCAUGUGUAUAUAUGUGUGUAUGUGUAUAUAUAUAUAUGUAUAUUUAUGUAUAUAUUUAUGUAUAUAUGUGUGUGUCUGUGUAUAUGUAUGUGUAUAAUCACAAAUAUAUACAUAUACACAAAGCUUGCAUCCCUUGAGUCACUUAAAAUUAUAUACACUCAUCUAUUGAGUUCUACUUCUUGUGUUUUACUACACACACAUUACUAGUGUAAUAUAUAUAUUUGUCAUAUGUAAAGUGAACAGGAUUAUAAUAUCCAGACUCAAAAAGUUUUGUACAGUCAACUGUGCAAAAGCUUUGUAGGCUUGACUGUAUUCAUCAGUAGAUUGUGAGGAGAGAAAAGAAAUUACACACACACACACAUGCAUGCAUUUAUGUAUGUAUAUACAUACAUAUACAAACAAAAUACAUUCACACACACACACACACACACACGUUUUUAAUCCUUGACUUUGAGUUCAACGGAAUAUAUAGUUUAGCUUGAGUACUUUGAAAAGGAUGCUCAAGGGCUUUGGUGAACUCAUAAUUAAGGAUUUAAAAUUUUGCUUUGAGUACUUUAUUCUAAGUGGCCUGACAGCGUUCCUUUGAAUCGGUCAUCUUGAUGAAUAUAAGUCUUGUGUGUGUUUUGUUUAAAUAUUGGUUGAAAUGGGUCCCAAAGACAAUAGAGCAGUAGCUGUCUCAAGGCUUCUCUGUACCUUCAUGGAUCAUUCAUAUGAGUGUACAAUGACCUUUCUUAAUGUACAGAAUCUUCAAGCAUUUGUGCAAAGGUGUUUUUAUAUGUUAAUAUAUAUAGUGUGUAUGUACACAAAUUAAGGUUUUCCAAAGAAUUUUUCACAUGGUGUUUACACUUGGCUGCUCUUCCUAUCACCCACCAUUUUACAGCAUGGACUGGAACCAUUUUAAUGUAGCAGCUGGUGCUAUAGUGUUUGUCUCUGACUGGGCUAAAGAGCCCCCUACCUCCACUAACAAGCUAAAUUACAGAGUAGCAAAGAAGGACUAAGUGAGGAAAAAUUCUUAGGGGCACACUCUGCAAGAAAACUAAAAGUUAAGGCCAGUGCUAACAUGCUUAAUGUUGUGUGCCAAGAAAUUUAAAAUCACAUCUUUAAUGAGGGGAAAGGAUCAUUAGCUUAAUGAACAGUUCUAAUCAAGAAAGACAUGGGAAAUAACCAUAGAAUUUUAAUUAAUUAAAAAUAGAAUUCAGGUAACAACAUCAUCUACUAUUCAUCUCUGUCUCAGCGCUGACUCUAGAUAAACCCCACCACCAUCACAGAAGGAGAAAGAAGAGAUUGAAACCUUGCUUCUUAAGACUGAAGAAUUUUGUUAUUAUUCUAAGACCUACAAUCAAACUGUGUGAUUUAAUUUUUUCCAGUUACAAUGUAUUUAGGACCACAUAUCUACUGCAUCGUUCCAUUUAUAAUGUGUAUAGUUUACCUGGUUGUUGUCGUGUAGCUUCUGGUCAGUCCUGGUCCAACAGAUUUAUGAUCAAAGAUAUUCCAGCCAUGACCAUCCCAACUUAUAUUUAGACAAAGUGUAUCGAGAGCCACAUUAUCUGAAUAAAUUUUAAUUUUUCUGUUUUAAAGACUUCAGUAUAGUGUUUUGAUUAAAAAAAAAAUAUUAGGCUGCUAUUUCUAGCAGGUUAUGGACCAUGAAAGAGAGUGGGAUGGUCAGUCUUGCAUUGGCUUUGUUUUGGGGAGUGGAAGAGAAAAAGCAGAGGGUUUGCUAGGUUUACUUUUAUAUUUAUUUUUAAUUUUCAAAAAAUGGUUAUUUAUUAAAUAUUCAAUGGUGGUGGGCAGGGAAUUGUUUGACAGGAAUAUGACGAGUUUCUUUGGAAUAUUAUUCAACAGUGUCUUUGAAUAUUUAUUAUUUUCCUUUAUUUUAAUUAUUCUUUUUUAAACACUUGAUCUAGUUAAUUAAUGAACAAUGUUCAUUAGUUAAUUAAUUGGACCCAUUGAAUUAUUAAACAAAAAAAUAUUUUUUAAUUAAGAAAAAAAUAACAGUGAACCUAAAUUUUUUUUUAAUAAAUUAAAAGCCUAAUUUUUAUUAUUCACACAAAUUGUUAGUCGCUCAAAUCUUAAUUAGAAGUGGUGGUGGCAGUGAGUAUACUGGUAGUGGUGACAGUGUAGGCUUUCUAAAGUUCAACUUCUUUUUAAAAAUACCAAAUUCACUUUUUUGAUUUUAGCUUAGAAUUUCAACUAAAUUUCAUGAAAAUCUUAUCAAAUUUUUAUCACAUUUUUUCACCCCACUACACCCAGAAACUAGCCUUAUUUGUGCUUACAAAGCAGAACAUUCAGAGUUGCCUUUUAUAGAAAUAAUUAGUAGAACAAGUCAGUGACUUGCCUUAUGUGGAGACGAUCAGGAGCAUAUUCAGUGACUUGCCUUAUAUGGGAGUAACUGUAGCAUAAACUUGCCUUAUAUGGAAAUAACUGGAACACUGACUUGCCUUAUAUGGCAUUAAUUGAUAGAACACUGAAAGACUUGCCUUAUAUGGAUCUGGUGGAACAUGCAGUGCCUUGCAUUAUAUGACAGAGACCCAUUCAGUGCCUUGACAUAGACAGAAGUUAGAACAUUCAAUGCUUUAUCUUAUAUGGCAACAGUUAGUAGCGCAUUCAGUGCCUUGUCUUAUAUGGCCAUGAUAGAAGGAGUAUUUGGGGAGCUGUACUACACAGCUGUAAGUGUAACAGAACAUUACCGAUGUAUUUCUAAGACUCAACCUUAAAAGGCAGUCAUUGAUGUUCAGGGACUGAUGCUAAACGCCUUAAUACAGAACCAUUUCAAUUGUCUUUAUGCAUCAGAUUCCAUCAUUUGGACUUUUCGGUUUUAGAACCACAGAUUUUAAAAUCAAAGGUCAAACAUCAGAUCAUUUAAACUGACACACACACACACACACACACACAAAAUCAAAACACAAAAGACAUAUCUCAAAACAAUUUAAAACAAACUCUAAUACACCACCUCCAAAGAUAUCUUAGAGUACCCUCUUAAAACUAAUUUAGGUCAGACUCUCAUUGCGAAGACACCUAUGAUCAAAAGCAGUCCAGCUGUGACUAUUACCACCCCUCUUUUAUUUGUAUUCUUUGGUAGACUUGGCAUACAUCUAGAACCACAUUAUCUAAUAUGUCCUGUUAUGUUCUUAAGAUUGUGGUGUGUGUGAUUUGAGGGAAGUUUGACUGUUAUUUCUACAACUGCGUAGAUCCUUCAUUGUUGUUUCUUUGUCUGAUGUUCUUAACCAUUUUGUUAGCAUAUCUUCCCUUUCAAUUAAUUUUGUAAAUAAUGAAGAGUUUAGUAAAACAAAAAAAUAAAUAAAUAAAAUAACACAGUCAUUAAUUAAACUGGUGUUUGGAAAAUAAAUUAACAUUGAAUUUUGAUGGAAGGUUUCAGUUUAGAUAAUUUUAAAACAAGUUUGUAUUGUAGAAGCAGGGAAGAGUCUCAGACAGAUUAGUAUUGAAUAGGUUAUAUCCCAAGGUUCAGUUUUUGGGUUGGGAGGAUUCCUAAUUGCUCCUUUCUCAAUCUGUUUGAAAGCUGUACAUUUUAAAGUCAAUAUUGUCACUCAAAAAUCUGUACAUGCAGAAUUUAAGGGUCUAUCAUUAUAAUUGAUUUUUUAUUAAUUUUUAAGGUGGUGAGCUGGCAGACUCGUAAGCACAUUGGACGAAAUGCUUAACUGCAUUUCUUCUGAUUUUUUAUGUUCUGAGUUCAAAUCCUGGGUCGAUAAAAUAAGGUACCAGUCAAAUACUGGGGGUCAAUGUAAUCGAUUUAUCCCCUUCCUUUAAAAUUUCAGGCUAUGUGCCAAAAUUUAAAGCCAUUAUCAUUAUUUUUUGUUGGUCAUUAAAAAAAAGAACACACAAGUCUUCUUAUUCAUUAAUCAUUAAGGAAAAAAAAAACAAACAAAAA